AUGCCUGGAGACCCUGCUCGGCGCAAUCAGACACUGCGUUACACCUAUCAUCGCGAGAAGGGACACAAGACAAAAAAUUGCAAAGCUCUCAAACAACACUUGGAGGACUUAGUUACGGCGGGACACCUCCAACAAUGGAUAGACGUUGAUAAGACGAGGGAAAAGCAAGGACUAGACCAAGCCCCUCCUGAAGAGAACUAUGCCCCGAGGUUGGUCAUCAACGUUAUCCAUGAAAUGACUGACCCCGAAAGAGAAAACACCAUUCGAGGAGAAAUCCAACGAGCCACCCAUAUUCAACAGACAAUGUCGGUAAGACCUCCUCCCAAAAAGUCCAAGAUAGAAGCUAGACCUUCUCGGUUUAACGUCGUGUUCACUGAGAAGGACCUAGAGAGAAUCCAGCACCCCUACACCGAUGCCCUCAUCGUUACAGUUGGUGUGGCCAACAAGUUCGAUGUGAAGCGAGUCUUGAUUGACCAAGGGAGUGCUGCAAACAUCAUGUAUUACGAGCUUUUCAAGAAGCUUGGCCUCAGUGAGCAACACCUGACACCUGCCACCUCCCCUUUAGUUGGUUUCAACUCGUAA